ACAAGUUCUUGGACUUUCUCUCACAAGACUCUCAACUCUCUCUUGCUCCCUUACAAUUCACUCAAUAUGUUUCCCAAUCUUUCUCUCUCUUUAAAAAUUCCCUAUCUAUUCUAUUCUAAAUGAAUCGAGGCCCCCCUUUAAAUAGAAGUAGAAGUUGUAGCAGCUGGAGCAUUGUAACAAACAUAACUAUCUUGAUGGCAGCUGGAAGUUUAGUUAGUUAAGUGACAUAAUUAGAUUAGUAAGGCUUAUUAUACUACAUUAAGUUCCACUUUGUGAUGGUAAAUAUAUAUAUAUUUAUAUUAUAUUUACAUUAAACUUGUAGUUAAACGGCAAGAUAAAGAAGAAUCGAAAUGAAAUUGGCAGGAGUGACGUUCAUUAGCUACUCUUCUGUACACACAGCUGCUUUCUCAAAGAGACCACCAAUUGGAAUCUCAGUUAGAGAAGCUUAUUCAUGGAAGAAGAACAAUAAGCUUUCUUGUACGCGUUUUGGUACUUCAUUAUUCAUGUCAACCAAGUGCCAAAGUACAUCAUCAUCACCGUUAUCAAUAGAUGACUCAACAAAGCUAGAGACUCAAGGCCAUUAUUCUUUGCUCAAAUCCAUGCUCCUUCAUCAAGGGAUGGUCUCUGAUUAUGACAAUAAUGAUCAAGUAACUAAGAGUACCUCGGAAGAGCUGUUCAAAAAGGUCCAAAUGGCAUUAAAAGAACCUUGUGAUCGAAGUACCAAAAUGAGACUAAUAGAUACCAUCCAACGGUUGGGAGUUGGCCAUCGUUUUGAAGAAGAAAUCAAACUAAUCCUUCAAGGGUUAGCAGAAUUCAACUCCGGCGAAGUUAACCUCUUUGACACUGGGCUUCGUUUUCGGCUUCUGAGGCACAAUGGCUUGCCAACUAGCUCAGAUUUUUUUGACAAAUUUAUCAAUGAGAAUGGGGAAAUUAAGGAUGUAUCGAGCCAAGACACAUGGGGUAUUCUGAGCAUGUAUGAGGCAUCCUACCUUGCAACAAACAGUGAAGAAUCAUUGCUCAAAGCCAUGGAAUUCACAAGAUCUCAUCUGAAAAAUUCAAUGCCUUCUACACCCCCAGAGCUACAAAAUCAAAUUGGCAAAGCCUUGGAGCUCCCUAGACACCUGAGGAUGGCACCAUUAGAAGCUCGAAACUACAUCGACGAAUAUAGCCAAGAAUUAAACCACUACCCGGCUCUUCUUGUGUUAGGAUUAGUUAGCAUUAGUUAGUUAACACUGUUCUAACAACCAUUCUGUUAUUGUACAGUUCUUGUAACUGAUUUGUACAGCUAGCAUCUA